AAACAAGUUGCCCGAUUGACCAAGUGGCCCGUUUUGUGGGACAAAUACGGCACGUUUUGCACAUUUCUCGGAUUUCACAGAGGACUAGAGCGGAUUUGGUCCGCAGAAACACUAGACUUCCUGGGAAGUCAGCGUGCAGCCCAUGGCUGGCCCGUACCUCGACCUCCGCCCGAUUUGAACUGGCUUUCGUGGUGUCGCAUAGGUGGCGAAGCUGUGAUUUGUCGACCAGUAUUGUGGCAUCCUGAUUCAGUCAAACAGAAAGAUACUGGAUCAUCUGAUUCCAAGUCUGAUACACCUUCCACUGGGAUAAAGCGUCCUCAUGCAGGACUAGAAGACGAGGACACAGAGGAUGUUGAAGAAGAAUGUGCAACUGAACACUCUAUUAAUGAUCAACAACGUGAGGCUAAACGUGAUGAGGAAGCUUUAAAAUCCGGUGAAUUGAAAGUGUUUUUCAUUCAUCGAAGCACACAUCUCGCUAAUUUAACCCCAUCCGGUUCAGUUUAUCAGGCUGCAUUGACUUGUUAUGCUCGAUUACACCAAACAACAGAGGCACUGGUAAUGGACCGAAUCCGUCAAAACCGUCGCUUCACCACCGCCCCAGAAUCUGCUCGAUUGCAGUACGAGGCCACAUCAGGAUUAUAUUACGAUCCAGAGACAUCUCUGUACUACGAUUCAGCAAGGGGAUACUUUUACGAUGCUAAUGAACGGAUGUAUUAUUACUGGUCAGAAUCUGAGCAUCGAUAUUUUCCGGCCAACGCGUUGAUUCAAGCGGAGUUGGCAGCUGCACAUGUCGCGCAGACGGCCGCUGCACAGGCUGCCAUGACUCGAGCAGCAACAGAACGGGAGGCUGCACGGCAGGCAGCACUACGUGUGGCUGCUGAAUUGGCAGAGAUUCGGGCAAAUAAAGAUGACUAUGCGGCGUACGCUUAUGCGACUUGUGUAAUUCCCCAGCAGGAAGUCGAAGGUGCUGUCUAUCGUAAUACGACUGCAGCAGCCAGUACAAUCGAGCAGUCCUUGAGGUUGUGGGAGAAUCGAACUAGACCUGAAACAAUGACGUCUUCGAGCACAACCAACGCAAUUUUGACCGAUACCCGAUCAUCCGGGACACCACCACCACCUGGCCUAUGA